AUGCGAAACACUAUCAAACAUAGAGUUUCAUACUUCUAUGAUUCUGACGUCGGCGAUUUCGCAUACGAACCUGGUCACCCGAUGAAGCCGCAUCGCAUUCGACUGACCCAUGCUUUGGUGGUCAGCUAUGGUCUCUACAAACGAAUGGAGAUCUUCCGUGCUAAACCAGCUUCCCGCCAUGACAUGACCCAAUUCCAUAAUGACGAUUACAUCGACUUCCUCUACAGAGUCACGCCAGAGAACAUGGAUCAUUUGCGCGCAGAGCAAAUCAAAUACAAUGUGGGCAGCGAUUCCCCAGUUUUCGACGGCUUAUUCGAUUUCUGUGGUAUCAGCGCUGGCGGCAGCAUGGAGGGGGCAAGUCGUCUCAACAAAGGCAAAUGCGAAAUCGCCAUCAACUGGGCCGGAGGUCUCCAUCACGCCAAGAAAAUUGAAGCAAGCGGCUUCUGUUACGUUAACGACAUUGUCUUGGCUAUUUUGGAGCUUUUAAGAUUUCAUCGAAGAGUUUUGUACAUCGACAUAGAUGUACACCACGGAGAUGGCGUUGAAGAGGCCUUCUACACAACUGAUCGAGUCAUGACCGUCUCCCUCCACAAAUACGGAGAAUUCUUCCCUGGCACUGGUGACGUUCGUGACGUUGGCAUCGCAAAAGGCAAGAACCACUCAGUCAAUUUCCCACUCAAGGACGGCAUCGACGACGAGUCCUAUAAAUACAUCUUCGAGAAAGUGAUUGGCAAGGUCAUGGAAACUUAUCGACCAGAAGCCAUCGUCUUGCAGUGCGGAGCAGACAGCCUCAAUAGCGACAAACUCGGUAGCUUCAACUUGAGCAGUGCCGGUCACGCAAAUUGUGUCAGUUUUGUCAAGUCUUUCAAUCUCCCACUACUCGUGCUUGGUGGAGGAGGAUACACUAUGAGAAAUGUGGCUCGAGCAUGGUCUUACGAGACUGGGAUAUGUGUUGGAAAAGAAAUGUUUGAGGAGAUACCUUAUCAUGAGUACUAUGGGUAUUACAGCCCUGAUUUUAAACUGGCAAUUCGACCCUCCACUGCCGAGAAUCACAAUUCGAGGCAGUACUUGGACGAAAUAACUACUUUGAUCUUAGAGAAUCUCAAGCAAGUCACUUUCGCACCUUCAGUUCAAAUGUCCGACAUUCCCCAGCAAUCCAUGGGCAUGACCGCCGAAGAAGAGGCCAAGCAAAACGACUUAGAUGAGGAUAAGAACAAAGAUGUUCGGACGACCCAAUACCGAAAGGACAAGAUGGUUGUUGAUGAGGAUGGCUAUGUGAGCGAUAGCGAGGGUGAGGAUGAUGAACUUAGUCCCCGUCCAUUAAAGAGACGUAUGAGGUUGAAUCAAUGA